AUGUCAUCAGAUAGCUUGGAGAGGAGAUACAGGCUAAAGACCGGCGGGGGCAACUCGCCUGACCAUGAACAUCAAAUGAUGAAUGGUCAAGGGAGUGAUCAAGAUGUGGAAUUAUAUAAUUAUUUUGCUUCCAAAACGGCCCAUAAAGGCCUGAAGAACAGUGAUACUAUUCAGUUAGCAGGGGCGCCAGAGGAAGAUUUCCAACAUCAGUCUUCUUCUGAAGAAGACGACGAAGAACCGAAUCCUCGCAAUGUAUCCUAUGCGCAAUUAAGGCGAUUUGAGGCAAAGCGUAUCCAGGAGCAGACGCGAUGUUUCGAUGCAUGGUCGAGGUUAGCUAAUGUUCAGAUCCAGGGGAUGCAACAACUUUUAGAGUUGAUGAAAGUUAUGAUGAACUCGCUGGUUAGCUCAGGCAAGGUGGGGUCGCUACGCAUUGAAGUUUUGCGACAGGGGAAGCGACGUCACCUAGCGGCAAGAGCCGCUUGCUAGUG